CUUCCGGGUCGCCGGUCAAGCUCCGCAGCUUCUGACGGCCGGAGACUCCCGGGGUCGGCACAGGGGGCGCCUCCGCCCGGCUCCUAGCCGCGCCAUUCCUAAAGCAGUCAGCGGCGGGAAACGCCUUUCCCCUCAGGGAGCGGACAUCAAUGCAAGCCUGAAGAAAAUAGUUUUUUCCUCCUAAGCCAUGGCAUAUCAGUUAUACAGAAAUACCACGCUGGGAAACAGUCUUCAAGAGAGCCUAGAUGAGCUCAUACAGUCUCAACAGAUCACCCCCCAACUUGCCCUUCAAGUUCUACUUCAGUUUGAUAAAGCUAUAAAUUCAGCAUUGGCUCAGAGGGUCAGGAACAGAGUCAAUUUCAGGGGCUCUCUAAAUACAUACAGAUUCUGCGAUAACGUGUGGACUUUUGUAUUGAAUGAUGUUGAAUUCAGAGAGGUGACAGAGCUUAUUAAAGUGGAUAAAGUGAAAAUUGUAGCCUGUGAUGGUAAAAAUACUGGUUCUAAUACUACAGAAUAAGUAGGAAGAAAAAGGCUUUUUUGUGCCAUCUCCUGUUGUUACCGCUUUUUGAAGAGAAGCAUAGAAGAGACUUUUUUAAUUUAUUCUAGCAUUGCAGAAAUGACUACACUGUGCUAUACUAUUGGAGAAUACCAGCAGAAAGAAGCUUAUAGCCCUGUAUUCUCGUACAUUACCUUUAUUAUACAGCAUGAAGAAACUUGACUUUUUUUUAAUAGCAAAUCGAAAGUGGUUGGUCUUCCUGAAAACAUUCUUUAAUAAAUUCAUUUUUAAAACUCCA